GAGAGACCCGGCAGCUGGCAGAAUAAGUUGUCGCCUACCCUCCUUUAGGUUGACAUUCACGAGGAAAAAGUUAAAAAAAAAUAAACAAAAACAAACAGAGAAGAAGAGGCCGAGGAGCAACUAACAUGGCGGCGGGCCGAACCGCUGGAUGUUGAGGCGAGACUGUCUGUAGCAUCAGGCCGGUCUGUGAGUGUCUGUCAGCGGGGAAGCGGCAUGAAGCAGCCCGGGGUGAGCGCAUCAUGGCCGCUGUGACGAAUCCAGCCGGGGUGACGGAGCGCAGCGGCCGGGUCUCCGCUCCCAGGGGCGGCGGCAGGUCUAUGGAGACCUGGAAGAGGGAGAUCGUCCGUCAACUGAAUCACCGCGAUCGGAACCAGCACGUUAUGUACCAGGAUCUGAUCCGCUUCUGUACGAAAGACAAGUACAAUUUAACUAAACUUACUCAAACUAAACAUGAGCUGUGUGUGUUAACAAUCACUUUAUUCUGGACCAGUGGAUUUUCAGAGGGUUUAACUUAGGGAGAAUCAGACCAAACUCCGUUCAGAAAUCUAUCAAUUUGACACUUUUCAGACCACAAAGCUGCGGUACGAUCCGAAAUCACAGCUGCAGCAUCGAGCUGAGAUUUAUUCACCAAUUUCUACUGAGAAAUACUUAAUGUGAACUCAAAGAACACCUUUGAAUCGUCUUUACACUUUGACAUGUUCCGUUGUCCUGCAGAAAACAUGAUUUCCUAAAUGUGUUUUGCACAAUACUUCCUGAUUCCUACCUGCUUUUAAAAACUCAUAUAAACACAGACAUGCACACGCAAAUUUAAGAGAUUGAAACUGAAUUUUGUCCUUCAUUCAGGAUGUUCUUCAAACUUGAUUACAGACUCAAAGUCUAAAUUUAUUUUGCACAAACUCCUCCAGUAGGAAGGUUGGAUUUUUAAUGGGUUCAGUUAGACUUCAAACCUUAUAUCUGUUUAUCACAAUCAGGAUUUAAACCCAUAUUUUUAUUACAUCUCUGUAAAACUGACCUUCAAGUGUCAGCUGCCCCAGAGUUCCUUUUUUAUGACAUGUUCAGGAACAGGCUUUUGUCAGAAAACAGAACCACAUGUAAAAAUGACUCAUUCAUGACCAUGUCAGUUUGCUGCUGGUUCAUCAUCUGCUGCACAUUGUGAGCUGGUGAUAGACAGAGCUGUCUCCAAAUCACAGACAUGUGGCUGUAACUUCACAAUAACAUUGACUCUGAUACAUGGAGAGUCCGACAGUGAAAAACCACCCAGUUAAAGGAUGUUUGAUUAAUGUAAAUACAGGAAAGGAAGUUUCUUUUUUUCUCUGGGUUCAGUUUGGAGUGUAAACUAAAUAAAAAGAGGGUAAAAAAAGUAUUUUUUCCACAAGUUGAAAAUCAUUGCAAAUAACUUGAGAGCAACUGAAACAGGAAUGAGUCAAAUCUCAGGAGCAGCGCGUUAAAAGGAUAUUUCAGUACUUUUUUUAAUGGAGGCCAUAUGAGUCACUUGUCACUGCGAAUGUUUUAGACUUAGUGAAUGUCAGUCAGCUCAGCUCCUUUACUGGGAAAGCAAGCUAGGGUACAAGGGCAAUUUUGACACAUCAGCCCAAUCCCAAACCGCCCCCUACACACUCGCCCUACACACUCCCUCUCCAUUUACGCGGCACAGCGAAGGCUCCACCAUUGAAGGCCGUCCCAAACACAGAGUGUGGAGGGUGAGUGGACCGUUCAUCCCUUAAAUAGCAAGUGUGCCGGCAAAAAUGGAGGAGAAGAAAACAAAAUACAAAUAUAAGUUCCGCAUGUGUCCACCUUUGUCUCACUGCCAAAAAACAAUCACAGAAGAUGUGGUUUGGAAAGAUCAAACAAAAUCUUACUCUGUGCUGAGGUUUGAUUUGAUUGUGCAGGCACAUGUCAAAUAGUGAAGGGGUUCAAAGACGUGUGGAAUCGCUAACAAUCAGAAAUAUAAUUUAGCUCCUGUCACUGUGAUGGUUGCUGGAUUUAUGAUUUUACCGUGACAAUGAAAAAAGAGACAGCUGGUGCGGCUCAGAACUGUACAUGAUGCCCAUUUACUAAGAAAAGAAACACUGCCAUGCACAGGACACAUCUUUGUGUUGCUAUGGCGAUUAAUCUUUCCAUUCUCCGGUGGAGAGAGGAGGGCGUCCCAUACCUGCCCAUCUUGCUUAUACCCUCCCAUUUAAAUUGAGGCGCACUCCACAGCUGCGAGUGUAACUUCAUUACGAGUGACACUCGGUAGUGAAGGGCGAGUGUGUAGGGGGUGGAUUCGGAUUGGGCCAUUUAGCUAAUUUAGAGACUCAAACACUCCCAAACACUUGUCAAGAUUUAAAGGGCCAGUGUGUAGAAUGAGGACAUUUAACGACACCUGUUGGUAAGAUUGUAGAAUGUAAUGCUGAUUUGCCAAACUCUCCCGUAGCCGAGGCAACAGUGGCGGUGUGCGAUGAAGAUGGUGUCAUCGACAACAGGUGCUCGUAAAUUAACUGUUGUCAUGUGAUGGGGAGGGAUGUUUUUAUUUACUUACUUACAAUUUAUAGCUCAGCUCAGAGAUAUCAAUGAUCAGUUUUACAUUUCAUUGUUUUCGUAACAAGCUGACAUUUGUGAAGUAUUGUUAAGCAAAGACAUUGUUAGGGCCUCACGAAGAAGGAUUUUUAAAGUCCUUUUCCUGUGAGAAUGAAGUGGUACUAAGGUCAUAUUAGGAGAGGGAAGUAAAUCAAUUCAUAAUGUUACAGUAAGUAAAGCUGCCAUAAAAUCACGAUAAUCAAGUCUGUAUGUUGUGAGAAUAAAGCAGUAGUUUUGGUUCACGGUGUGCAGCUGUAUUGACAAACCCAGGAUCAUAGAGCAUCUGGUGAAAGUGUCCCUAAUGAUUUGCCUCCUCAGAUCCACAUUGUUAUAAGGAUCAGGGCUCUGAAAUGACUGAGCAGCAAGCUAAGACCUGUGGGAUUCUCCUUAAAAACAGGAUUACACAGCUGAUGGUUGGUUAACUCUAAGUGUUGUAGUUAGUUAAAGGACAGUGAGUGACUUUUCACUUCUCACGGUUGACUCUAUUGACCUGGUUUCCUGCCUCUGAGGCGAGGACCUGCUAUAUCUUUAAUAUUACAGACUUUUGGACCAAUUAUAGUAUAAUAUUCCAUCCAGUGUAAACUGAUUUCAACUAACUUUUGCAUGAUAUAUUCACAUAUAUAAAGGCUACUCGGUGUCCCUUUAGGUGUUCCCCGUACGGAGGGAUUUUUCCUUUCCAUUUGAAAGCUCUCUCACACACACACACACACACACACACACACACACGUGCAGAAACUCUGAUCCUGUCCACUCUUUGUGUUUUAGACACUCAGCUUCUGGAGAAAACCAGCCUGGCUAAAGGAAUACUGAGCUGCUCCAAGAGGUACCUGAACACACCUGCUCAUUUAUGUGUAUUUGUGUGUUGGUGUGUAUCUGUGUGAUGAAGCUGGGUGUGUUUGUUUCCUCCACCCAGACGUCCUUCAUCUGACAGCAGCAGCUCCCUCUCCUCUCUGCUCCAUCAGAACAACCAGCUGAAGAAGACUACAGGAGAGGUACCCAACACAUCUGGUCACAUGAUUACAGUUCAUGUGACAUAGGUUUGAAUCGAUCAGCAGCUACUCUGUUAAACAUUUCAUCAGAUAACUUCUUUAUAUCAAUGUGGCUUUGACUGCGGAAGUGCUGCAGAUUCUUUCAGUUUUGUGAUUAAACGACAUGAUUGAUACAGAGCAGACAGGUAUGUAGACCAGGUGACAUGUGACAUGUGAAUAUAUGUCUGUGUGAGAGGAAUUGUUGUUCACCAUGUGACGGUCUGGAGUCAAAGACUGCGGUGUAGAUUGUUCUGACCUGACGUUGGGAAUGGCUGAACCAAACUCCAUUUAAAGAGCAAGCAAUUUAAAGACCUCAGACCUGACUGCUUUAUAAAUCAGCAUCCCGACACAGUUAUUUCAGUGUCUUCUGACAUAGUAUGUGUCAGUACAGUAAAAUCUGUUUGUGUUUCGGCUCUAAAGCGCUGUGGUUAGACAGACUUCAGCUAAAUCUGAAGAGGCCUUUUAGAAACAAGGAAUAUGAGACUCAGAGGGGACAGACACAAAUCACAUGAGACAGUAGAAACGAAAUGAGGAGAAUCAAGUUAAGUCACAAAUAUCAUGAAACUUAGACCCAACAAGGAAAGACAGGGGCUCAGUGGAGACAAAUACAGAGAAACCAAGACACAGAGACAGAGCAAAUCUUAGCUUAUUAGAGACAGGUCCAGAGAAACCAGGACCCAGUGGAGACAGAUGUAACAGAGACUUAGUGGAAACAGAUACACUGAAACGGAGUGUCGCUAGUUGCUGUCCAUCAGAGAAAUCUUGGUACCGAUCCGAGCUAACAGCUCCUCAAACUGGGACCUGGUCUGCUUGAAGCAGCUGAGAGCAGCGGGAAAGAUCAUCCAGACUGAGUUGAUGGAGGAGAAGAAAGAUCAACUUGCUCAGGAAGAGUCCUGGUGAUGAUUUAAAAAUAAGAAUAAGAAGAACUUCAUUAAUCCCCUAAGAGAAAUUCAAUUGUCUGUUGUCCCACUUGACAUGUCUCUAAAAGUUAUCUACUAUUUACACAAGAGUUAUACAGCCUGAUGGCUGUUGGUACAAAAGAUCUUCUAAAUCUUUCUGUCCUGCAGCGAAGAGGAGCUGUCCUCCACCAUUGGCCCUUUGGUCCAUCAAGGUGUUGUGAAGUGGGUGAUCCAUGUUCUUUAGAAUAGUCUCCACCUUCCUCAGUGUACAUCUCUCCACCACAUCCUUCACUGAGUCCAGCUUGAGUCCAACCACAGAGCCAGCCUUUUUCACCAGUUUGUUAAGACGUCUUUCAUCUUUGUGUUUGAUGCUUCCUCCCCAGCAGACUGCAGCGUAGAACAGAAAACUUGCCACCACAGAUUGAUUGAUUGGAGUCUUCUCGGGCAAAAGAGGCAGCUCUGCCCCUUUCUGUAGAUGAAGUCUAUAUUUUUAGACCAGUCCAACUUAUUAGGUACUGGCACAAAGCAGGAUGUUUUCCACAGAGCAGGUACCCACCCCAGCCGUAGACUCAGGUUGAAGAUCCUGUGGAGAGGUUGACACAGUUCUGCAGCACAGUCUCUAAGCAGCCUUGGACACACACCAUCUGGACCAGCCGCCUUCCCAGGACAAAGUCUUCCAAGCUCCAACCUCACCCCUGUUUCAGUGACAGACAAGUACUGGUGGUGUUCUAGGUGGGAGGCAGUUGAAGUGGUUGAGACAUUUGAACGAGAUGGAGGAGGAAGGGGAGAAGUUGUAGUGGAGAUUUGUUGCAUAGAGGAAGGUGGAGUAGCAGAUAGAUUGAACACAGAUAGGAGGCAGUUUAGUUUACUGAUGGAUUAGGAAGAACAAAUAUAGACCACCUGUGUUUACUGAUGCAAAUGAUCGCAAACAAACCUGCACUGAAACUUAGAAAGACGAGGCAAAUGUGUCUUUGCUUAAAGCUCAGUCUUUGGGCAGGCUGACUGCUUCUGGGUUUUUACUGACAUGAGAAGAGCAAACCUGAAAGAUGAGUCAGACGGAGCUCUGGAGGAAACACACCAACUUCUAAUCCAGUUCUGUGGUGACAUGUUUUAUAUGAUAAUAAGAACUGGUUGGUUUGUGAUGGUUUGUAAAACAUGUAAAGCCCCUGUCUAAGUGAAAUCAAGACUAUGCUCCUUUUUUGGAGUUUGGGUUGUAUUUGACUUUUGGUAUUUUGGCUGCAGGAGAAUUUAACUGAUCGUAAAACAAUAAUUCAUCAACAAAUGCAUGUCAAACAAUAAAAAAACAGAACAAUCAGUUUUUUUCCAUCUAAAUAUUACUGUAACAUUUCAAACCAUCCUGCUUUGUCCACAGGGGGCACCAAACUGCAAAGGGGGCCUUAAUUGAACAAAAAAUUUAAAUGCUAGUGAAAAACUUUCGCAUAACUUCGAAUUUACAGAUUUGAGGACAUGGAGCACAAAGACACAGUGAGACAUUACCAGGAGCAUUAUCAGAAAUAGCAACAGAGACUCUUUCCAUCACAGUAAUUUAAAAACUGUUACACUGUGCCAAGAGUAUUUCCAAACCACCACCUGCUCAGGGUCAGGAGUGGUCCCUGGGAAUGAUUAUUUCCCUCUAUACAGAAGGGUUUGAGGUUAGUUAGUUUGGGUGUUUUUUGGAAAUGAUCAAAACAUCAUUUUGGUUUGUAACUUCAGGGUGUGUCAGGAGAAAAUAGUGAAGUCUAACCCAGACUCUCUGUUUUGUCUCAGCUGGCCUAUCAGGUAGUGGAGCUGCAGCAGCAGAUUAAAAUCAAAGAAUGUGUUCUGGAGGAGCAACAUGCCAGGUGAGACACACACCUGAACCUUAAGACUCACCUGUGCUCACAAGUGCUGACAUGUUUGAGAAGGAGGAUGGGUCAAUAAAUUUACCACAAAAGGUCCAAAUCUGGGAAAAUCUUCAAUUCACGUGAAAUGUUACAGAAUGACUUUGUUCCUGUCCACAAAGACUCCUUUUGGACAGGAACAAAGUCAUUCUGUAACGCUGAUAGAUUUGUUAAUUAACAAGAAACAAGUCAUUCAGUAACGAGUUGAAGUUGUUUCUGCGAUGGCAAAAAUGAAGUCGAGAAGUUACAGAAAUAAGCUAUUACUGUAAAAAGAAUAAAGUUUAAAAAAAAAAAAUAAGAUUAGAGUCAAUGAGGUACAAAGUCUUAAAGUCAGGGGAAUAAAGUCAUGAAAAACCAAGAUUUGAGUUGAAAUCAUUAAGUGGUCAUGCUACAGGAAUAAAGUGUGUGUUUCACAAGAAUGUUGUCUUUAAAAUAGGAGACUAAAGUUGAUGAGUUCAUCAGUGAGGGGAAUCAAGUUUCUGAGAACAAAACUGUGAAGUCACAAGAAUUAAAUCUUCAUGUGGAAAGAAUAAAGUCAAUAGUCAACAAUCAGCCUCAUAAUUCUGUUUUUCAAGAUGAUCCUACUGGUCUCAACUUUCAGUUCAGUCUCUUCAGAGUCCUAAUCCUUAUAUCAAUAUGAAUCUGAGGAGACAAAACAUUAGGGACUCUUUCACCACCAGACUGUCCAUGAUCCUCAGUUUGGUCCAUAAAGCUGCUCACUGUGAACUAGAACUUAAUCACAACUCUAUUCUCAGAUUAUUAGGCCUUAAAUUUUAUAUCAUGAUGACCCUGAUUCUUUCUCAAAGUUGUCUCUUCUCAUUUUUUUCCUCAAAAUUUGGCUCUUUGGAACUGAUGCUGAAAUGAUCCCAAGUUUGAUUUAUCUCUGGGCCUUUUGAAAGCGCAUUUGGGAAUAACCUGACCCUGGCCUCUCUUGCUGUCUCUCAGACUGUCAGAGGGUGAGCGGCAGUGGACGGGUGCAUUUGAUGCUCGUCAGGAGCUGCAGGAGCGGGUGGAGCAGGUUCGUGGGCAGAAUGAAGCAUUGAAGGCAGAGUAUGAUGCCCUGCUAGAGCGACAGAGUCAAGCGGAGACCAAACUGAGGGAGGAGAAGGUUAGAGGAGGAAGACUGCUAGAGGACAUGAUCCAUCGGAAACAACAUGCCGCAGCCUCCAUGAACAACCGCAACGAGCGCAGGUCCAGGUACCUGAACACAGCACACACACCUGAACACACCUGUACACCACAGAAAGAAGCCAUGCCCACAUUAGUCUUUCUCUUCUCUGAAAGAAGUCUGGUUACUGUUUGCUAGAUGAACCCAGGCUGUAAACCUGUACAUGGUCACAUGACCCUCACUGGGAAUAAACACUAGCAGAGUUUAGACACACAGUUUUUAAAGGUCCACUUCAUACCACCAUCUCACCUGAACUCCACAUCACUACAUUUGUUUUUUCAGAGCACGGGAGGCUCACCUGCAGAGGGAGCUGCAGACAGCUGCCAAGUCAAAGGUGACCAUAGACAGGUAGGAUCCAUCUGUUUAAAAAACAUUAUUUUGAUCCUUUUUGUAUGGUUUUUUAUACAUUUUAAAAAAGUUUAUUUAUUAUAUAUAUAUUUUUUUCUUUUCUAUCUACAAAUUUUAGCAGAAUCACCCCCCACCAAUCCUACACCCUUCCUACACCCAUCAUAGUCCCAUCAAACACCCAACACACACCAAAAACGGCUACUCUAUUACUGAGUUUAACUCUUUACAGUUUUGCAUAUACACAUGUUGUAAAUCUAUAUUUUUUUAUGAAAAUAAUCACCACAAUGUUAGAGAAAAUAUCCAGAAAUUUAAGAGAAAAAUAAAACAGAUUUUUGGAAGUAGUUUUAAAAAUUUCCCUUCGAAUGAAACAUUUUGGACUAAAAGGAAAAUAAACUUUUUGAUAGUAGUCAAGAAACUGCAGUUUGAAAGGAGAAAACGCUGACAUGCUGAAUCAAAGUGGAGGUGUGUGUCUUAUUUUGUCAUCUCAUCUUGUGUCCUGUUGAUUUAUUGCAUCUUUUCUUGUUAAGUAAGUUCCUUGGAGAUUUCUUUCUCUGUCUUCAGUAUCUCUGAGGACUUCAACUCAAAAAUCUGUCAGUCAUUUGGAAACAGUCAAAGGCUUUUAUUUUGGUAGUUUUUGGUAAUUUAGUGUCUAUUUGUCUGUUUGUUUGGUGUUUAUUUGUUUGUGUGUUUGUUGGUUUAUUUGUGGUUAUUUCUGUGUUUUGGUUUUUGUUUGUUUGUUUGUUUGUGUUUGUUCGUUUUGGUUUUUGUUUGUGUUUAUUUCUGUAUUUGUUUUAGUGUUUAUUUGUUUGUUUGUUUGUGUUUGUUUCUGUGCUUGUUUGUUUUUGUGUUUGUUUGUAUUUGUAUAUGUUUGUUGUUUGUCUUUGUUUUAAACUGUGUUUGUGUGUUUGUGUUUCUUUGUUUGUUAAACAAACAAAGUGGUUUGUGUUUCAGCUGCUCAAGCACUCCAACCACCAGAUCCACAUCUCCCAAAAUUGAAAAACAAAAUGAGUCCAAUGAGAGAGGACACGCACGACUCUUCAGGUCAGACACACACAGACUCACGCACAUACAGGGUCCUGGUUUUCCUUGUGGAACAGGAAAAACUCGAACAUCUACAUUUCUCAGAUCAGUAACAAACUUAAGACAAUAUUUAAUCGGUCAUUAUUCUCCAAAACUGAUGAUAGAUUUUUUGGAACAGAUUAUUGAUUAUUAACAACUGACUAUGGUAAGUCCCACUGAGAGUCUAAUCAGCUGAUUGUUCUGUUGUUUCCUCAGAUCAGCUUCAGCGACCUCACCGAAGAUCCUCUCCUCCAUCAGAGAGCUGUUUCAGUGAGUCCUUCAGACAAUCAUUUCUUCUUCUUUCUAAACUAAAACUGUACAAACAGGAAGCUGAGUCGUUUGACUGUGUGAUAUCAGCAGGAAAAGGCGGGGCCACUCAGUGUGCAGCCUAGUGGAGGAUCUGAAUAGUCCUGCAGCAUUAUGUCUGUCUGCACGAGUCCCUGCCAGGGCUCGACAAGUUCUGGUAAUACACAUAGUACACACACAUCAUACACAGAGAGUAUACAAACAGUACAAACACAGUACACGCACAGUACACAUACAUUAUACACAAAGUUUACAUACAGUACACACACACACAAUAUACAAACAGUAUACUCACAUAUUAUGCACAGUACACCCCAAAAUAUACACGCAGUGCAUACAAAGUAAACAAACAGUCUGUACACAGUAGACAUAAAGAACAAACAGAGUACACACACACUAUACACACGGUAUACAUAGAAAUACACACAGUGUAUACAGGCAGUGCACACACAGGAUACAAACAGAAUACACACAGUACACACACAGUCUACACACAGUAUACACACAGAACACAUACAGUGUACAAACAGAAUACACACAGUACACACACAGUAAGCCAGUAAACACACACUAUAAACAGAAAACACACAGUGUACUCACUGUUUGCACAGAGUACACACAAGUAUACACAUAGUACACACACAUUAUACAGACAGUAUACACACAGUACCAACACAGUACACCUACAGUUUACAUACAGUAUACACACAAUAUUCACUCAUUACACACACAGUAUACACAGUACAAACGCAGAGCACACUUAGUAAACACACACUUCAUACAGUCUCACUAUACCCAAAGUAUUUUUACAGUACACACAAAUAAACAGAUGGUACACAAACAGUAUAUACACGCAGCAUACACACGGUAUGUACACAGUAAACAUAUAGUAUACAAAUAUCAGGCACACAUUAUACACAUUGUACACACACGGUACACAGACAUUACACACUCAGUAUAUUCACAUUACACACGCAGCAUACAAACAAAAUACACAAAAUAAGCAGUAUAAAUACAGUCAACACUGUAUACAUGCAAUAUACACACAGCAAACACACAGCAUACACACAAUUAACACACAGUGCACAAUCAUUAUACACACACAGUAUACACAAAGUACAGGCAUGAAAUACAAACACUUUACACACAGCAUACACACAGUACACACAAAGUAUACACACAGUACAUACAGUUUACACACAGCAUACCUACAGUAUACACACUACACAUGAAUUAUACACUCUGUUUACACGCAUGUCCACACAGUAUACACACAGUAUAUGGAGUAAACACACAGUUUAUACACACACAGUAUUCACACAGUACACACUCAGUAUACACACAGUACACAAACAAGUACACACACAGUGUACACAUAUACUCAGAACACUUGUUGCAGAUGAAAGACACAGACUGUAAAAACAGAGGACUCACUCACAGCCAGAGAGACACUUAUCCAAACUUUGACCUAGAAUGUAACAGAGACGGUUCUGCAGAGUGACUGGUGCCUCUGUGCUGCAUUGCUGUUUGCACAUAUUUCAAUGAGCUGUUCUGAGUUCAUCCUGAGUUAUCAUGUGUCCCCUCUAAUACAGGCGAAUCUUUUCACAAACACUGACACAAACAGCUGCAGGGCUGAAACUUUUACCGUCUGUGUUUGGAAGAGAUACCAGACUUUUUACUAAUCAAUAAUUGGUAAUGAUCGGUAAUAAAUACAGACAGUGAAAAUCACUAUCCACGCUCACACUCCUCUGAAUUGUAACAGGAGCCAUCAAACACCUCCUGUCACUUAAGACAACUGAGCCACCAGAGGCCUGUACUAUGAAGCUGGAUUUGGUCUUAGCGAGAUAACUUCUGGAUAACUCCUGGGUUUUCCGUACUACAAAGGUGGAUUUCUUUCUAUCUGGGUCCAUUGCCCUAGUAACUUACGCGGAAUGCCAAACCUGCUCCAGAGCAGGUUAUGUUUCAGGAUAGGAUCUCAGCAGGUAUAAAAGACUGCCCACUGACCAAUUGGAUCUCUUGGAAAAUGGCUUGCCCACUUUUGCCAGAUCCCGUGGACAUUUGUGCAGGGAUAGUGAGAGGAGCACUUCGCCAAGAGCGUUAUAUUCGUGAUCGUUCAUGUCCAUUUGAUAUACCUGAUGAAGUUCUCUAUGAACAUUACAUGUUUUCCUCAGACAGCAUCAAUAUUCACGUAGCAUGAAGUCUCAGCAAUGCACUAAUAUUUGCCAAGCUCCAAGCUCCAGUUUCAUGCUUCAUAUCAGUCAUCAUUUAGAAUUUAUUGAAGCAGAUUAGAAAACUCCUCUUAACCCCAAAUGUGUCUGCAGAUGACAUGUGACCAUCAGAUGAUGGAAAAAAAAGAAAAAAUGCUCCUCAUCAAAGCAGUGUGAGGAAAUCACUGUUUACAUGUCGAAAUAUGUACAUAUAAAAUCUUACAAUAAACUUGCUAACACUUUAAAGGAUGUUUUUAUAUGUUUUAUAUGAUGUUUUAAUUUUUUUAAUUGCUAACAUGUCCUCUUUUCCCUACUGCUGUUGCAUCUGAAAUAAUGAGGUCAGUGAUGAUGUUGAUCACACACACUGCAUGACAAUAUAUUAGGGGACGAUAAAUUUAUGAAUGAACAAACGUAAUUUACACAAUUGGCGAUUUCUUGCCUGCAGUCUCUCCGGCUUCUAGCAAUUCUAUUUGGUUGUGAAGCAGAUGAAAGUUCAUCUUGUUUCCUCUAAAUGACCCACUAAAGGAAACAAGGUGAUCUGACACACUUAAACAAGCCUAAAACUGCAGUGACAAGGUAUAUAUAAAAAAAAUGUUAAUUUAAACUUUAUUAUGCCAAACAUUUAAAUCAAAUGAAACAUUUUACUCUUCAGUAACAUAAGGCUAACGACUAAGUGGUAUUUCUUUGUCCACAGGGGGCACCUAUGCGUCAAAUCAUUAGGCUUCAUCUAUGUGCAGAAAUAGCACUAUGUGUUUUUAGUGGUGCAAACAUCAGUUGUCAUCAGACGUUUAUGCGGCUUUUACACUUUAAUUGAUGUUUUACAACAUAUCCACCAGAUAGCGUCACUCAGACUUAAAGGUUACCUCGUGUUUCAUGUUUCAUAUGGUCCGUGGUGACAUUUUUUUUAGUACUGCAGCGCCUGGUGGGUAUCCUGAAACUGGAGCCCAAAAAAAAAAAAGACGAAAAUAAAUGCAGAGAGCUUAUUUAAUCAAAGUAUAUUUAAUUCAAUCAACCUUCAUGAACACACACACACACGGCUGUGUGUGUCUGACAAAGAGCUCCUGUAUCUGCUUCUCUUUGCAAAGAUGCAUCUCUCUCAGCAAGUUUUGUUCUGAUUUAUACAUCUUCCUCAUGUCUGUUUUAAGCUCCUUCUCUCCUUCUUCCCUGGGUCUCAGCGCCAUUUGAAAAACCCAAUUUAAAUUUAAACAAACAAAAAAAAAUAACAACCCCCCCUUUCUCUUUGCCAGGAGGCACAUGAGCAGGGCAUUAACGCUGUGAGGUUCAGUUCCAGCUCCGACCUUUUGGCCACCGGAGGAACCGACAGAGUCAUCAAACUAUGGGAGGUCAGAGCAGGUACAUCACACUUUUCUUCUUCUCCUCUUUUGUCCUGCCCUUAAACCUUUUUAUUGUUUUUCCUACUUUAAUCAUUUCAGCUUUUUUCUUUUCUAAUUUUUUUCAACAAGUUUAUCUCUUCAUCCAUCUUUUUCAUCCCUCUUUUCUUUCUUACAUUCCCCUAUUCCAUUUUUCUAUCCUUUCCACUGUAACUUUAUUUUGCAUUGCCUUCUGUUUCUUCUUGUUUUUUCCCUCAUUUUUCUUCUGAUUCCUUCUGUUGUUCUUUCUUUCCAUCUUGUCAAUCUCUUUUACAGCCUUCCUUUUCCUUUUUUUCUUCUUUUCAUUCUUUUCUGCCGUUCUUUCUCCUCCUUGUUUUCUCCUUUUCCUUCUCUUUCUCCUUUUCCCUGUUAUUUUCCUUUUCUUUCUUUCUUUCUUUCUUUCUGUCUUUCUUUCUGUCUUCUUUGCCCCCUUUUCCCCCUUUUCUGUGCUUUUCUUCUGUUCUCCUUUUUUCUCCUUUUCCUUCUUUAUCUUCUUUAUUUUUCCUUUUUCCCUGCUAUUCCCCUUUUCCUUCUUUCCCACCUUUCUUUUUUCUUUCUUUCUUUGUUCUUUCCUUUCCCCCUUUCCUUUUUUCCUUCCCUCUUUCUUUUUCUCCUUUUCCUUUUUCUUUCUUUUUGUUUUUUUUCUCGUAUUUUUUUCUUUUUACUCUUUCUUUCUUACAUUCUUCCUUUCUUUUUCUCCUCUUUUUGUACUCCUUUAUGUCAUUGUAUUUUCAUUUUUCUGACAUUGUGUAUGUUUGUGAUGGCAUUCUGUGAUCUCAUUGAUGAUAUCACUAGGCGGGCUGACCCACAGAGUGACCCUGGAUGGCAGCACAGAGGGGAUCACCUGCAUUGACUUCGAUCCUGGGGUAAAUGAAACACCUGUGAUCUGCACACCUGUGAUCUGCACACCUGUUGUGAACACGACGGUUGUGUUGACCUUUGACCUCUGUGUGUCUGUUAUCAGGGCUCUAGGAUCCUUGCCUCCUCUUAUGAUAAGUCAGCCUUGCUUUGGCGUCUGGAUGACUCUGUUCCCAAGGUAACUGUGAAAAACAACAUGGAAACUUCCAGACAAACUUCAGACAUAGAGCUCUGCGUGUCUUACCUGUGAAUCUCACCUGUUUGUCAGUUGACUCUGACAGGUCACAGCAGGAAGGUCACGGCGGCGAGGUUUAGCACAUUGCCUCAUCAGGUGGUGACGGGCAGUGCAGACAGAACCAUCAGACUGUGGGACCUGCACAGAGCUGCCUGUGAGCCUGAGUAACUGAUCGAUGACAGAUUAAUGACUAAGUAUUAUCAAUAUUAGUGUUUGUGUAAUCAUGUACACCUUACCUGUGCAGGUGUGCAGGUAGCUGAUGUGGCCUCAUUCUGCAGCGACCUGGUUUGCUCUGAGAACUGCAUCAUCAGCGGACACUACGACUGUAAGAUCAGAGUUUGGGACUCCAGGUACCUUUAACUGCAGGAGACGCUCAUAUGAGAGCUCUGUGCAACUGUUUACAGUAAAGCGAAGACCUAUAACCGAAAACCAAAGACAAAAGGUCACUAGAAAAUCUGUUUGAUUCCUACUGCUGAGGAGUGAAGGUGCUGCAUAACUAACUAUCUAUGGUGAACGGAGAGUCACCAUAAACAGAUAAAUGGACAUUUCUCUGGGGGGUUUAAUGGGGUGAGAAGUGACAGUGUUGAUUUUGCAGUCACGUCUGAAAGAGUUCAUUUUGACCUGAUCACGUCGUCACUUCUCACAAUUUUAACUGGGCUGUAAACAAUUAAAUGUCAGACUCAGUUGAAGUACCUUAUCUCUGACUUUUGGCUGUAGGCUACUUGGAUGAUCCUUGAUGAGCAGUCAAGUUUCUGAUAACAGCCAGCUCUUGUUCCCUCUUUAUAUUUCUCUACCAUGACUUUAACAGUACUCCCUUCAGAGUUUCAAUCACACCCCUCCUUCACUCCCUCAGCAGGUGUGUGUACAGUGGUCCUCCAUACGCCCUGCUCACAGUGGCCUCAUUAGGACCGUCUUGAUUCUGUGUGUGAACGGUUCAAACCCAGCAGCCCCUUUUCCAUCUCUGACUAACCUCCAGUUAAGAGCUCCUUGACACCUCUCUGUCAUUCAUCCUGUCAUCACCAUGGCAACUCCCUGCUCCCUUUGUUACCUAGCAACUGCCACAGAUUAUCUUUUUCCAUGCUCCUUCUGUCAGAGUCUGAACCAGCUGAUGAGUGACAGCUCUACGCUCCAAUCACACUCUCCUCAUCCCUGCCCUGAACAACAGUAUACAGACCGCAGUAGCUCAGGUGUUAUUUAAUGUCUGAGAAACUUUGGGAUGACCUUCGUACCAAGUCACAGAAGUUAAGUAAAAAAACUAGGGAGGCUGCUGGCCUCGUGAUCUACAGCAGGCCACAUGUAUGGUGGUUAUGCCUCAAACAGCUGGCCCUGGUUCACCUCCAACCUGUGGCUUCAUUCCUUCACAUCAUCCUCGCUCUCAUACCCUAUUUCCUGCUCUGCCCCCUGUCCCAUCCUCUGUAAAUACAUACAGAAAAGCCCGAAAAAAAAAAUUCAAAUCGGGAAACUAAAGCUGAGAACAGGAGAACAGGAGAGCAGCAGCAGCGCUAUCCUUAAUUUUCUUUUGGUUUGAGAUUCAGGACUCGGUAGUUCAGGGGUCUUACAUUGAUUGGGAGAUCAACACCAUCAAACCAGGUUAAGGAAAUCUAGUUUACUCUUCUUUGUGUUGGAUGGUGAAGGACUCGAUCCAAGUAUAGACUUUUGAAGACCACCAAUUUCAGAUGACCACAGCUCACAUGACAGGGAGGCGCCCCCUUUAUCGUAUGCAUUUCAACAGCAACAGCAUUUCAAGAGCUAAAUACAAUCAACCUGUAAAAACAAUCAGCAAAGGGGUACAGGUUUAGUCUGAUACAUAAAUCACAUCUCUUGUAUGUAUGGAGGCUGUUGUUCUGAAAGCAGGUGGUCCAGGUUUAGUACUGACCUUUGACCCUUUGACUGAAAAAACUAAAAAGAUAGAAUUAAUCUUGGAAGUGUCUUGUUGUUGGAUGUCCAGUUUUUAGACACUGAGUUGUUGUAAUCCAGCCUGAAUCCAACCCAUCAGGGUAAUCUGAUUCAUCAUUUCAGCUACCUAUCCUGCUAAAGUUCAAACCACAUUAACUGUAGGUAGGAUCAGGAGGGAAUCACCUGGUUCUGUCUUUUGAAAAAACAUUUUGUAUGAUUUUCUCUGAUCUACCUUUACAUAGUCAGGUAACUUUUAAACAGUUUGCCCUGCUCUUUGAACUCGUUCUGUAUUUGAUCACUUGAUCAGAAAAAUUCAGAGGACAAACAAAUAAUCAGAAACAUAAACAAAAACUCAUCUGUCACCUCUCAGGACCGUCAGCUGCGUUCAGGAACUUCCUGCGCAGGGUAAAGUCACCUCGUUGGACAUCAGCUCUGACCAUCGUCAGCUGCUUAGCUGUUGCCGUGACGACUGCCUCCAGCUGGUUGAACUGAGAUGGCAGAGCAAUGACCGCAUGUGCUUCAGGUAGGAAAGAAAAAUUGGCACUUUUCGAUUGUGAUGAUAAGGAUGGUGAUGAUGAUGAAGAUGGUGAUGAUGGUGAUGAUGAUGGUAAUAUUGAUGAUGAGGAUAAUGGUGAUGGUGGUAAUGAUGAUAGUGAUGAUAAAGAUGAUGAUGGGGAUGACAGUUGAUGAUAAUGACGAUGACACCGUUGAUGACAAUGAUGAUCACAGUGAUUGAUUACAGUGAUGAUGAUAAUGAUGAUGAUCAUGAUGCCAGUGAUGAUGAUAAUGAUGAUGAUCAUGAUGCCAUGAUGAUGAUGAUGAUGAUGAUGAUGAUGAUGAUGAUGAUGAUGAUGAUGAUGGGAAUGACAGUAAUGAUGUGAUGUUGACAGUUGAUGAUUGUGAUGAUUAUGGUUAUGGUGAUGGUGAUAGUGACGGUGACAGUCUCUGUGUGUGUCUGUGUCCUCAGAGCUGACGGCUUUAAAUGUGGUAGCGACAGCACCAAGGCUGUGAUCAGGUAAGCUCCAUCAGCGUCAUUAAUUACCUGGUCUCACUCUCUGGUUUGUUCUUACCUGGUCAGAGCUUUUUCAUAAAAUGGUAACAUUUCUCAGUCUGAACAUUAACAGGGCUGCAAAGGCACAAACGUUACUCUUAGAUAUAGCGUUAUUACAACUUCAAUAAACGUUAUAGAUUGUCUUAUACUAGUUGUCCAUAUAGGACUGCAUACAACAGACUGUGUCCACUUGUCAGAGUUGAAUAGUCACGGGCUAUUUUACACAUUCAGCUGUAGUAAUCAUAAGUAUUGAAGAGGUGUAGUUGUCCCAUGUUAAAAUAUAAUAUUUAAACUGUAGUGCAAUCAAUAUUCAGAUAAUUAACUUAAGUAAAAGUGUCAAUGACACAAUGUAAAUGCUUUAAUAGGGAAGAAAUCCUGCAUUUUGAUUAGGGUUCCAUAAUUAAGUCAACCACAAAUGUCUACGGCAAUUUUCACAGGAAGGUGUAAUACUUGUUUAAGGCCAAGUAUGUGUUAAAAUAAACGUCAUGCUGCAGAAAUGUCAUAUCAUAAGACAUCAUAUAUGACAGACUAAAUAAUACACAUUUUUUAGGUAUAAAUCCUUCCCAAAAAUCUCACAAUAGCCUCACAAUAAUUAUAUUAAUGUUUUCCUAUUAAUUAUCAUUCACUCCAAAUUAUAAAUUAUCUAUUAAUUGCAGCUCCAGUUAUGAUAAUAACAAUGUAUUCAUUUAUUAAAAACUGUGCAGCUAUAAUCAAAAUCCUGCUAUCAGCUAAAUUUACUAAAGUUAUGAAAGACAGUGUCCUUUCUUGCAGAAAAUCAGAUGUGUAACAAAGUACAUUAUGAAUACUGAUAUGUCACUGCAUAAGCAGCAUUUUAUCAUAGCACAUGCUCAACGCAGAGUAAGUUUGUAUAUAGUCAAAAGGAGACUAGGAAGCAUUGCAAAUGCAAGUGAGGUAUUGUAAACAAAAAUAGAAAUACAAUUAUUGUAAUUGUUAGUGAAGUAUUGUAAACCAAAAAAUAUAUAAAUGAUCACUGAAUUUUGAAAAGUUAGGUAUUUUUUUUUGCUUUUACAAUAUUUUUCUACAUUUACAAAACUUUUUCUGCACACCAUACUAUGGACAGUGUUUCCCCUAAGUUGAGAAUUUACUUGUGGUGGUGGGCUGGGCGGUGCAGGGUGGAGCCAGGGUGUUUGAUAAGUGCAUUCAAAAUAAUCUAGUCAAACUAAGGUUUAUGAGCUAUGUGUUACUUAUUGCAAAUACAGGUCUCCAGACUAAAUUGUUUUGCUAAGAGCACAGUAACCCCUAACUUAAAAUUUUAGAAGCACAUGCAAAAAAUUUAGGGGUGCAUACUGUAACUUGACUUGCAAGGCAAAUUAUUCACAUUUCCUCUAAUUUUCACUGUAUUACUGAUUAAUAGAUAAUAAAUGCAGAAAUUACAAUGUGCUGUUUUAAAUUCAGUGUUACAUUUUAUUGUGCACUUUUAAAGGUGCACCACAAUGGUUUUUAAUCAAGGUUUUCCAACAACACACUGUAUGAUAUUUCCAUAGAUAAAAGCUUGCAUCCCACCUGUGGUGUACUUUCACUUCUUUCAUCUUGACUCUAUCUUUUACGCUUGAAAUAGCUUUCAAUUGGCUUCAUGUCUUAAAGAAGAAAAAGCCACAGUCAGUCUUUGAGACGAAACCAGCGGUACAAAAACAGAAACUGUAUGAAGAAGAAAACAUAUAAUCAACAAUAAGUUCGUGUAGCCGGAGUGUAACGGUUUGGGUGCGCUUCUGUAUAUCCUCCAGUAUGUCGGCUUGGCUUUACAUUUGAUUAAACAGACUCUCACUGACUUGCAAAUCAUCAAAUUCAGUUUUAUCAGCUUUUUACACCGCUGAUGAAAAUAGUUUCAUGAAAUGCAGAUUUCAAUCCUUGAAUCUCUCCCUGUGUGGACGAUCAGGAGUGGUUUGUAUUAAAGUGGAGUAUCAGACUGUUACAGGUAUUCUGUCUAAACGAGGAGUGAAUCUCACACAGAGUGAUGCAUUAUGGGACGUUUGAGCCUAAACGUUUCAUGGCUAUCAUGUUUCUCUGUCUGUGAAUCUGCAGUAAAAGACUUUACUCUGCUUAAAACACAGGAGUUUCUAAAGCUCCCACUUACCACUCAAAUAAAAACUGCUCCUUGCUGUUUCCCAGAAAACACUAACCAGAACCAGCUGGUAAAUAGACCAAACUUGUUCACAAUUUGUUUAGACAAAGGUUUCUCUGACUCAUAGCUUAAAAAAUGCUUUAGAAAAAAAGGAACAUAUUUCAUACUUAGUUUUGAUAAAAUGAUGAGCAUUUAAUCUGAGGAAAAACUUAAAAAACUCAUUUUACUUUUUAUUUUACACAUAUUAAAUCCACCCUGCAGGGGAAACUCCUGACAGGUCAUUUAAUUGAAAUAAUUGGAUCAAUGACCUGGUGUGUGUGUGUGUGCGUGCGUGCGUGCGUGCGCGCGUGCCUGUGUGUGUGUGUGUGUGAUUUUCACCUGAUUCACAUUGAUAUCUUUCUGAUCCAACUCUCCUCCAGAGAAUAGAGAUGCGCACAGAAACGACAAGCUGUGUGCUUAAUUUCUGCAGUUUCCAUGACAACAGCAGAACAGGGAUGCUUUAGGCUGUGUGACAGAAAACACUAAAUAUAUAAAGGUGUUUCUGCAUGCACACACACACACAGCCAGGCUCUCUGAUGAGCUCUCCCCGAGGUCUCGCACUGAACCAAUCAGGUGCAGCUGCGAAGUCAUCCUAAACUCCCAGUGUGAGCCAGGCUCUGAAAAAUGCAUGUGUGCACAUUCAGACCUGUUUUGUGAUUCACAUCAUGAGUGCUGCUGGUGGUUCAUUAUCAUUUGAUUUCACAGCUACAUUUACUUCCUGAUUCCUCAGCUUACUUCCUGGAAAAUCUCAGUGAACCAGUGUCAGCUGCAACAGACAACAGGGGAGUGUCUGAUUUAACAUGAUGUGUGUUUGAGAUACUGGGAUUUUAUUGUUUUUAUUCUCCAGACUUAUCGUACAAUAAACUGGAGGUGUAUUAGAGGGUGACAAUAUAGAACUUGGCUGGUAUGUGCAGUUAUAAGCAUUUAGCAAAAAGCCAAAUUAGUCCUGUGCUUGAGCAGAGGCCAAUUCACUUGCCUAGCGUGCAGCUACUCAAAAAUAUGACGCGGACUAAGGUUCUGUUUUCUACCAGGCUUCUGUCUCAGAUGCAGGUCAAGUAUUGAAUCUGUCCAGCAUGCUCUGAACCUUUCAACUUUUUUGAGUCAGACAGAGAUAUAUGUGCUGUUUGUUUGGGACAGCUGUUUUUGUUUGAGGAACGAGGAUAACAUAUGAACCCUUUUUGUUUCAGACGUGCAUUUAUACUACUCAAUCCUUUCUGUCAAGCCAAUUAUUGUUUACGUGCAACAUUGUUACCAUAGUUUCUGACAUCAGUCAUUAAUUCUCUUCAUGUUUUAUGACAGUAAGCACAGAUAAAAUAUUUCCUAAAAUUUUCUCUCUGCAGUCCGGAUGGCUGCUUCCUUGCCGCUGGCUCAGCAGAUGGUGUUGUUUACAUUUGGAACGUCUCCACUGGCAACCUAGAAACCUGCUUACCUGACAAACACAGGUAACAAACCACAAAUGACGAUCAGACACCAAUCCACGAAACAACCACUCACAAGCAAACCACAUAGGGUCGGGUUUUAAUAAAGUCACUUAAAAUCUGAUAAAAGUACUAUGGGUGGAGCACACCACACAAUCAGAUGUUAUGGUAGAGACAGGGAGAAGAUGUAGAUUGAAAUGAUUUUCAAGAUGUUUCUGUAAAGUAGUUUUUUGUUCAUUAUUUGAAAGUUAAAGGGGGGUAUCAGGCUUUCCACGGUUUCGGAUCACAUGGUAAAUGUACAUUGUCAUAAUCCUAGAAAAUAGAUGUAAACUGAUCAAAAACAGGAGACUGCGCAAAGACACGAGACACCCACAGCGGAGCAGGGUAACGUUCUACAGACUGACUACAAUAGAUGGGGCGGGGCCAAGUCAUCAAGCUUUGCCCCUGAAAGCUGGCCAGGGGAAAGUGGCCAAACAGAGGAAUGUUGGCUUGUGGGGGUGGCUGAAGGAUAAGAGACAGCAGCUUUAAUGAAGCGUUUCAUACAGAGGCUGAAAUAAUUAGGGAUGUCCCGAUACAACUUUUUUACUUAUGAUACAAUACUGAUAUUGUAGCUUUCAGUAUUGGCCUAUAUUGAUAUUGAUCUGAUAUUGGCACAAACUUGUGCAUGACAAGUUUUGCACUCAGCUGCGACAUCUUUUUUGUAAUUUUAAAAUACUGCCACACAGCCGACAUUACUCCUUGCUACUUUGUUAGUAACUUAGUAUAGAGUCUGAAAAAAUUGCAUACUACCCCCUCUUUAAUGAGAACAAUAAGAGGACCCAGGAUGGUUCCCUGGGGAACUCUGAAGGCCACAGUGCCACAAUGAAGUUAUAGAUGGUUACAGAUAGUAUUGAAAGGAUAGACAAACACUGAAACACUACAUGUUUAUGGGGACGUUUUUUUUUUACAGUGACAGAGAUGAGCUGUUGACAAAUCAAAAACACAAUUUAGAUUGUAAACAUUUGAAUGCAGGCAGGAGGUGGGACUUCAGUGUUUUGUUUCACUGUCUGAUAAAUAAACUUGUCUGCUCCUUCCUCAUAAAACUUAAUGAUUGGCUUCAACUCAGUCCAAGUUUAAAGUUUGUUUCAGUGAAAUGUUUUACUGUGAUGAGUUCACAAGAGAUCAUUUCUGCAUUAGCCCUCAAAGCAUAUGUAAGUAUUAUAUCUAAUCAAUUUUCAUUUAUUUUCAAAUAAACAUGCUGAGAUUGUUCAGUGAUCAACAGAUUUACUCACGUUUCAAUGUUGAUGUAAACCUCGAAAACAGAGGUGAGAACAGUGGCCUGAGGAUGUUGCCCUGAAGAAUGCCUCAUGAUUAAAAACAGAAAGAAAGAUUUAAUGUGAUGUUUUAUUGAUUUGAUGUUUAAAUACCAUGUUGAGUCAUUGUAAGGAGUUUCUGUAGAUCCUUUUUACGGUUCAUUAAAAAAAGAAAAGGCCCCAGGAUAUUUUCUAGGGAACUCAUCCCUGUGAGCUAGAGGAGAAAAAGACUAUGUUUUCUUAAGCGUUGACCUUUUCCUUUCUUUCUAGCUCAUCCAUCAGUGCCGUGGCCUGGUCUCUGUCUGGUGAAUAUGUCGUCAGUGUGGAUAAAAGUAGGCUGGCCGUGCUCUGGAGUGACAUCUGAAACGGCCAAUCAACAAAGAGGAGGAGUUGUCAUGCCAACACUCCAAACACAGUAUGUCCCAGCUCAAAACAGACUGAUCAGAGAGCUGUAAAACAAUACUCUUCUUUAAGCUCAUUUUUAUGGACCGCAGGGAGGCGAAAGCUUGUGCUUAAUACUUCAUUUUGUGUUGAAAUUUUUUAACAGAGCAGGGAGCAUUUAUGCUAAAAUUAAGCUUUAUUUUACCAGGAAAUGCUUUGUGAAUUAAAACAAGGGAACCCUGACACCAAAGCCUGAAACAUACCACAGUAAAGUGGACUUUUUUUUUUACACCUUUAAUAUGAACUUCUCAAGAUUCUUUUGCAUUACUGCUCCAUCUCGUGAUCAGAGUUGUCUCAAACAGUAAAUUUAACCCAAUUUCCUGUCUUUAAAAGAUAAUGAUCUCAUGUGUACUCACAGGUGGUUUAUGUAUGCAUUCAGGUGACUUUAGGAGAGUACUCAGUCCCGUAGUGACACUACACUUCCUGGACUCUUAGGCCUUGUCCACACGUAGCCAGGUAUUUGCUAAAACAAAUAUAUGUUUAUAUGUUUUGGCCUACCAUCCACACAAAACCACAGGACUACGUCAUUAAAAAUGGUGCUUUUGGAAAACUGCGGCCAAAGUGAAGAUUUUGGAAAAUGCUGGCAUAUGGACAUAGAUAACCGGAGUUUAAAAUUCCCAAACGUCACUGUCUGCAACUACUAAUUGAUAAACGUGAUAUACUCUGUGCCCCUGUUUAUGUCAGGCAGUGGAUGUCACAGAUAUAUACAGAAUAUUUAUUUUUGUGAGGAGCAAAGGAGAAGGAGUGCUUUGCAGUCGGUUCUUCUACACCAAAUAACCCUUCCUCCACAUCUCUUGUCUCUUGUUGCCUUUAUAUUCCAAAACGAUGCCUAAAAGCAAUUCCACGUCUUUGUUGGUCCACACGAACAAACUACACUGCGCUAUGUUUCAUGUUUGGAGAAGAGACAAUGAGAAAGGGAAGCUUGCUCUGAUUGGAUAGAAUGGGUCAAACUUUUUGGCAAGUACUACCAACUCCAGGUCUGGCAUGAUUAAAACCUCGGUCAUUAGUGUAUUCAUGCGGUUAUGUGUGGAUGGGAUCUUGUUUGAAAAUGAUGAUGUGUGUACGUAACUAUUUUGUGAAAUGGAGGGUUUUUUUUAUUCGUUUAUAAAAAUACCUGGCUACGUGUGUACAAGGCCUAAGACUAAAAGCAAAUACUGAAAGGGACAUCCCAGUGAGUGUUUUAUUAUCCCAAAGGAUGCUGAGAUGUCUGUGACCUCUGUUAAAGACUUUUCUGACAUCUUGUUUUUGUCCUUUAUUAAACAUUCACAUUUAGACCAGAUUUCACCAGGACACGUUCUGCUGCUGCUCCAAGAUUUGGUGCAUGUUCACACACAUAUUGACGAUAAUUUUUUAAGUCAGCUCUACAUUUGUUUGUAUUACAUGGUUCCAUGUAAUUACAGAGAGGAAUCGCAAUCGAUCCUGCAGCAUGCUAACCUUUAGCCUUCAAAUUCUCACUGUCAGCAGUGUUAAGUAUUAAUCAAUACUGUGUCAACUGCCACUGAAGGACUGGGCGAUUUGGAAAAAAAAAAAAGAUCACGUUAUAUUUUGUCAUGUUGUCUGAUCUGAAUUAUUAUCACAAUUUUUAAAGAAAAAUAUUUCAACUGCCAGUUUUGAAGCAUCUGUACUAAAAACUAAAGAAACUAGGGAAUAGUUCAACAUUUUAAUAAUGUUUGAAGUAAAUAACAAAGCAAAUUGAAUAGAUAAACUUAGAAAAAUAUAGAAACCAUUUUAACUCAACAGUACAACAAAUGUAGAAAAUACUACAUAAUACAGUGAACUAGAUUACAGUCCUGAGUGUUGUUGCAGGUAUGCAAGACCCGAAAUAAACAAAUGGCCCCCCAAGACGUCUUAAAAUGUAAACAUGAGACGAUAUAAAUGUAGAUGACAUGACUGAUUGCUGCUUUGGUCUAGUGGCUGCACCGCUCGCUGUACAAAACCCAAUUCUAUUGAAGUUGGGAAAUUGUGAUAAACGUAAAUAAAAACAGAAUACAAUGAUUUGCAAAUCCUCUUCAACCUAUAUUUAAUUGAAUACAAUAGAAAGACAAGAUAUUUAAUGUUCAAACUCAUAAACUUUUUUUUUUUUUUGCAACUAAUAAUUGACUCAGAAUUUCAUGGCUGCAACACGUGACAAAGAAGUUGGGACAGGUGGCAAAAAAUACUGAGAAAUUUGAGGAAUGCUCAUCAAACACCUAUUUGGAACAUCCCACAGGUGAGCAGGCUAAUUGGGAACAGGUGGGUGCCAUGAUUGGGUAUAAAAGCAGCUUCCCCAAAAAUUCUUUGUCAUUCACAAGCAUGGAUGAGGCGAGUUCACCACUUUGUGAACAACUGCAUGAGCAAAUAGUCGAACAGUUUAAGAACAACGUUUCUCAAAGUACAAUUGCAAGGAAUUUAGGGAUUUCAACAUCUACGGUCCAUAAUAUCAUCAAAAGGUUCAGAGAAUCUGGAGAAAAAUCAACACUGAAUGCCCUUGACCUUCGAUCCCUCAGGCGGCACUGUAUCAAAAACCGACAUCAAUGUUUAAAGGAUAUCACCACAUGGGCUCAGGAACACUUCAGAAAACCACUGUCAGUAAAUACAGUUCGUCGCUACAUCUGUAAGUGCAAGUUAAAACUCUACUAUGAAAAGCGAAAGCCAUUUAUCAACAGCAUCCAGAAACGCCGCCAGCUUCUCUGGGCCCAAGCUCAUCUAAGAUGGACUGAUGCAAAGUGAAAAAGUGUUCUGUGGUCUGAUGAGUCCACAUUUCAAAUUGUUUUUGGAAAUAGUGGACGUUGUGUCCUCCGGGCCAAAAAGGAAAAGAACCAUCUGGACUGUUAUCGACGCAAAGUUCAAAAGCCAGCAUCUGUGAUGGUAUGGGGGUGCAUUAGUGCCUAAGGCAUGGGUAACUUACACAUCUGUGAAGGCAACAUUAAUGCUGAAAGGUACAUACAGGUUUCGGAGCAACAUAUGCUGCCAUCGAAGCAACGUCUUUUUCAUGGACGCCCCUGCUUCUUUCAGCAAGACAAUGCCAAGCCACACUCUGCAUGUGUUACAACAGCACGGCUUCAUAGUAAAAGAGUGCGUGUACUCGACUGGCCUGCCUGCCGUCCAGACCUGUCUCCCAUUGAAAAUGUGUGGCGCAUUAUGAAGCGUAAAAUACGACAACGGAGACCCCGGACUGUUGAACAACUGAAGCUGUACAUCAAGCAAAAAUGGGAAAGAAUUCCACCUUCAAAGGAAAGGUGAUGUAACACAGUGCUAAACAUGCCCCUGUCCCAUGACGUUCUGAGUCAAUUAUUAUUUGCAAAAAAAAAAAUAAAGUUUAUGAGUUUCAACAUUAAAUAUUUAGUCUUUGUAGUGUACUCAAUUAAAUAUAGGUUGAAAAGGAUUUGCAAAUCAUUGUAUUCUGUUUUUAUUUACGUUUAUCACAAUUUUCCAACUUCAUUGGAAUUGGGUUUUGUAGCUAAACUGCUAAUGCUACUUGUGCCAUCAGCAGUAGCAGGCUGUGCAGACUCCGCUCGCAUUUUCAUGCUUUCUGCAUAGUCACUGGGGAAGUACUUCUUAAAAUGAUCAAACAGAUCUGUUGUGUUGCUGGUUUUUGAGGGCACUGAUCACUGACAUACCUUGCACAUCGGCUUAAUUGCUUGAUGUCACUUUGGAGAAACCUGAACUACCACCACACAACGGACAUUGAAUAACUUUUCUUCUCAACAAUGUCGUCUUUGAAAGAUGACUCGAAGUCAUGGCUGACAUCUAUUUUGCUAUAUACAGUAUAUAUUUUAAAACAAAGUUGUGUGAAACAACAUAAUUAGGCCUUUAACACUCGUCUUUGACAUCCAGACCUGAUUUCAACCAAAUAUCAGCUCUGAGCUGGAGAUUGUGCUCUCUGGAAGUGCUGAGUUUUAAUUGUGGGUGGAUAUGAGAGCCAAACUGGUGUUUGUAUAUGUAUAAACCUGCUGCUUUCAGAUGCACCUACAGGUACAUCUCAAAAAAUUACAACAACAUGAAAAAGUUUAAUAUUUUUGUCACUCAUUUCAGAAUGUGAAACCCAUAUAUUAUAUAGAUUCAUUACACAUAGAGUGAAACAUUUCAAACAAUUAUUUCUUGAAAUUUUGACGAUUGUGGCUUAUAGAUAAUGAAAACCCAAAAUGCAGUGUCUUAGAAAAUUACAAUAUUAUAUAAGAUCAAUGAAAAAAAGGAUAUUUAAAAAAAAAAUGUCAGGCUUCUGAAAAGUAUGUUCAUUUCCAUGCACUCAAUACUUGGUUGGGCCUCCUUUUGCAUGAAUUACUGCAUCAAUGCGGCGUGGCAUGGAAGCGAUCAGCGUGUGACACUGCUUAGGUGUAAUGAAAGCCCAGGUUGCUUUGAUGGCAACCUUUAGGUCAUCUGCAUUGUUGGGUCUGGUGUCUCUCAUCUUCCUCUUGACAGUACCCCACAGAUUCUCUAUGGGGUUCAGAUCAGGUGAGUUUGCUGGCCAAUCAAGCACAGUAAGACCAUGGUCAUUGAACCAGCUUUUGGUACCUUUGGCCGUGUGGGCAAGUGCCAAGUCCUGCUGGAAAAUGAAAUCGGCAUCCCCAUAAAGCUUGUCAGCAGAAGGAAGCAUGAAGUGCUCUAAAAUGUCCUGGUAGAUGGCGGUGUUGACUGUGCACUUCAGAAAACACAGUGGACCAACACCAGCAGAUGACAUGGCUCCCCAAAUUAUCACUGACUGUGGAAACUUCACACUGGACUUCAAGCAACAUGAAUUCUGUGCCUUUCCGCUCUUCCUCCAGACCCUGGGACCUUUAUUUCCAAAUAAAAUGCUAAAUUUGCUUUCAUCUGAAAAGAGGACUUUGGACCACUGAGCAACAGUCCAGUCCUUUUUUUCCUUAGCCCAGGUAAGACGCUUCUGACGUUGUCUCUGGUUCAGGAGUGGCUUGACACGAGGAAUGUGACAUUUGUAGCCCAUGUCUAGGAUUCGUCUGUGCGUAGUGGCUCUUGAUGCGCUAAGUCCAGCUUCAGUCCACUGCUUGUGAAGCUCCCCCAAAUUCUUGAAUGGAUGUUGCUUGACAAUCCUCUCUUUUGCUGGUGCACCUUUUCCUACCACACUUUUUUCUUCCACUCAACUAUCCAUUUAUAUGCUUGGAUACAGCACUCUGUGAACAGCCAGCUUCUUUAGCAAUUACCUUUUGUGGCCUUCCCUCCUUGUGGAGGGUGUCAAUGAUUGUCUUCUGGACAUCUGUCAAGUCAGCAGUCUUUCCCAUGAUUGUGUAGCCAUUUGACCCAGACUGAGAGACUAUUUAAAGGCUCUGGAUACCUUUUACAGGUGUUUUGAGUUAAUUAGUUGAUUAGGGUGUGACACCAUGACUUUCUCAGAUUGAACUUUUUCACAAUAUUCUAAUUUUUUGAGACACUGCAUUUUGGGUUUUCAUUUUCUAUAAGCCACAAUUGUCAACAUUUCAAGAAAUAAAUGUUUGAAAUGUUUCACUCUAUGUGUAAUGAAUCUUUAUAAUAUAUGGGCUUCACAUUCUGAAAUAUUUAAUUUUUUCAUGAUAUUCUGAUUUUUUUAGAUGUACCUGUAUAUUUCAGCCCAGCGGUCUGUCACAUUGGAUGUAAGUAACCUGGAACUUCAGGCCUCAGACUACAUUAUCAGGGGUUCAGUUUUUUUUCCUGAGAAAAGACUAAUUAUUUGCCAGAAACCUUUGUUUAGGUCCCUGAUCACCUCCUUGGAUCAGAGUUUACAGUGACUCAGAUCAGAUCAGAUGUUACAGCAGCUGAUAACGAUAAUCAGUGGGUCUCAUGUUGAGCUUUUGAACCAGUCAACUGUGAUCAGUACUUCCCCGUUGAGAGCACUUCAGGGGGUCAAAUGUUUUGGUGGAUCAUAACAGAUAAACCAGAUAUCAAAUCCAGUCAAAGUGUUCAAAUUACAAACUUUCAGAACCUGCUGACAAAAUUUCCCUUCUGGAUACUAAAAUAAAUCAAAAUACAGCUAUUUUGGUCGAGGAUUUCUUCUUUCCAAGAAAACUUGUUUUGAUGAGAACUUAGGGUCCAGGUUUUGUUUUGAACCAAGUGCUGACUUUUUUUGUAUGUUUGAGUGGUAAAACUGUAAAUCAGAGGAGAACAGGUGGAUCUGAAGAGCAGAGUCAAAUACAGAGCUGAUUAUCCUGAGAUACAGGAAAAGAUAGAGCAGUGUCUUAGGAGCACACCCCCCCACCCCGAUUUCAACAGUUUAGAUGUUUUUUCCCCCUGAGCUGCUGAGGUGAGACUGAAGUGUGGAAGCUCUCUAAGCUGGAUUUACAUUUAAAAAGCAUGAGCAUUAAUCUGUCAUUCGGACUCUGGGCUUUGAAGAGUGAAGUCAGCAGCUUCAAAGAGAAAAGUCGACAGCCGCUGGCUCUGAUGUCUCAACAUGAGACCCACUGAUUAACAUUAUCAGUUGCUGUAACAUCCGAUCUGAUCUGAGUCACUGUUAAACUCUGAUCCAAGGAGGUGAUCAGGGACCUAAACAAAGCUCCGUGACUCAGAGGGUUAGGGCAGACUUUCAACAAGUUUCUGUACUCGAGACUAUUUUUCAGAAAAAUAACCUGAAAAGUUAGGAUUAAAAUAACUGAAACACCAUAAAAUAGAUUCUUAUUCCAGAAAAUUAAAGGACCGUUUUACCAUUUUGAUGACUUGAGGGACUGCAGCUGUGUGAUAGUGGCUCAUUACAAUGAUGAAAAAACUAGAACAGCAAUUCUGAACGUAGAGAAAUGCAGCACAGAAAUACAGGAAAGCACUUUGUAAAUGCACUCAAACAGCAAAAAGAUACAAUACAUACAAGUAAAUGCAGCAGGGGAUUAGAGACAUACAGCAGAGCACAGAAGAGAAAUGCACUAAAACACCAUAAAAUACACUUUACACAAAGAAAUGCAGAGGAGGGAGGAAAAGUGGAGUGGAGUAAAAUAGAAGAAAAACACUAGAUCAGCCAAAAAUUCAAUGAAUGCUAGAAAAUGCAGUAAUCUAGACGUGCUCCAAGAGCAUCAGUAGAGAAUUGCACCUGAAAAGCAAAAAAGGAGUAGACAGUGUUAAAGAUGGGCAAGAUGCUUCUGAGCAUGGUAAACUAAUGCAGCAGAGCGCAUUGCUGAAAUGCUGUAACGAAAAGUAAACAAGUCAGUGUACAGGAAAGUAAAAUGCAGUAAAAUUGCACUGCGCUGGAAUGUAGUUUAACAAAUUUUGAUAAAUGCAUGUAAGGGGCAGUUUAAUGUAGUAAAGAAUCAGUCCAGUGCAAUGUAGAAAUGCAGUGAAGAGCAUCAUAGAAAUGAAGUAGUUCAUAGAAGAUAAUCACAAUAAAGUGUAAAUAAGAGGCACAAAACAGUCCGGUAAAGAUGACAGAAGUGAUAGAGGGAAGCAAAGUGAUGCAACAGAGUGCAUGAAAAAUUCAGUAGAGUGCAGUAAAGAAAUGCAGUACAGAGAAGAAAAAUGCAGUGGAGUGCAUAAAAAUGGAGUAGAACGCAGUUCACAAACAAGCUGGGGGCACAAACCAAUGUGCACAAAGAAAAGUCAGUUCAAUGCAUAAAAUAAAGAUGCACCAGAGUGCAUUGGCAAACUUUAACAGACAAUUAAAGAGAAGUAAAGUAGUAAAAAGUAGUAAAAGUGCAAUGAAGAAUUGCAGUAACGAAAGACAGUUUGGCACAGUUGAGAAUGAAAAAAAAUGCAGUAAAGUAAAAAAAUGCUGUCAUUAGGACAGGAACAGAUUGGAGCGCAGCAAAGAAACAGCGUCAUGCAGGAAGCUACAAUGAUGAGUGAAAUACAAAAGUGCAGUACAGUGCGGUGAAGAAAUGCAGUGAAGUGAAGUAAAAAUGAAAUCCUUUAACACAGACAAAAUCUUAUAUCAAGCAGACGAGCUAUAGCGGGCCAUCCAUUUUAGACUCGCUGGCCUCCUAAUGGAUAGUUUCUCUAUAACGGUAGGUCUGCAGAUCUGCUGCUCUGCAGGCCAAUUGCUCUGCAGGUCUGUUUCUGUUUCCUCCAUGUGAAUCGGAACGCUGACUUUUUGAACAGCAUGUUCAGAGCUCAGUGAAGCUGGAGGGGAAGCCUGUUACUGUUUAAGAUCUGCUCCUGUUGUCUGUCUCAUUUAUUUUAUGAGGUGGUUCAAUGAGUAUCUUCAGGGGAUUUUGUUUCAAAGGGACCAUUGGGAGUGUGCAAUUGUGUCCUGAACCUGAGUUUGCAGGGUGAAGCUUGAAUUAAGCUCAGCGUGAGAAACAGUGACCACGACUGUAUCCCAAGUAAACAGGAGAGUGAAUGUUGAGUCCUGUUUUGAUUUGAAGGUUUUGAGUUCAAAGUUAGCACAGAUCAAGAUCACCAUUCUGAGGUCUGACCUUCAUAGAACACCUUCAUGCGUCAUGUUUCCAGGUGUUUAAAGGUCUUCACAGACCAUCUCAUGUAUUGCAGUAGUUAAGCAGCUAUAUCUUUGAAUCCCCAGUUUUAUUUUUGCAAACAGUCUUUAGAUCAAAAAAGCUUAGAGCUUCACAAAGCUUCACCCCAUAACCACAGGUUCAAGGGGAUUUCUCUAACUUUAGACUUUUCUGCUCUGUUAGCCGAGGAUGAGAACUGUGCUUUAUACCUGUCUAAUGUUUACAAUGAUGAGAGUUUUCUAAUAAAGCCUGUUUUCUGAC